AUGAAAGGAUUGAAAUCUGUUCGAGCUCUGGCACGACACCAUCCAGAACACCUGCAGACCAAACUCCAUGAAGUAUGCCUGGUCCUCACAGAAGCGGUCAAAAAACUGCGCUCUGCUGUGGCCUGUUCUGCAAUGAGCACCCUAGCAGAGCUCCAUACCAAACUGGGGAGGGCCAUGGACAAUGAGGCACAGUGGACAGGCCGCGUCCUGCUGCUGAAGUUGGCAUACACAACCAACGCCUUCAUUUACCAGCAGGCUAACCCUGUCCUGGAUGCGCUGGUGGAGAGCUGCAGCACCAGUAAAGUGAUAAGUGUUCUCCUCAACACAGGGUUGAGCCACCGUUGUGCUGCAGUGAGGGGCUGCACAGCCCAGCACCUCCACCAGCUGGCGGACAUCCUCGGAGAGGAGCAGAUCCCGACAGCAGGGAACAACUUCACACAGAGUUUCCUUAUUGCUGUCAGUAAGAUGGCGGUGGAUGCUUCCACAGACGUCAGGUACUACGGACAAAAGAUGCUCAAAGGAUUUGCCCACCAGAAGGGGUUCGCGGCUCUGUUGGAUAGGACCAUCCAAGUGAAAGACAGGCGUCCCUUGGAUAAGAUCUUGAAGAAGAUGGGGCAGUAG